UUUUUUUUUUAAUCUAAUCAUGGCUUACAAUCUUUUCUGAAGCAUGAUGGCUUACAAUCUGAAACAAAAACUGUUCUCAAUUACUCUUCUGUUCUGCAUAAUUUUUUCACCAACUGAAACAGCAUCAACAUUCAGCCAUUACAAUUGCACAACCAUAAAAAAGUUUAGUCCAAAAAGCAUUUACCAAACCAAUCUAACCACACUCUUAUCAACACUUUCAUCCAAAGCACUCAACCAUGGCUACUACAACACUAGUAUUAGUACAAUCGAUGAAAAAGAAGACACUAUCUAUGGUCUCUUCAUGUGUAUAGGAUACACAAGUAACUGUGGAGAAUGUGUUCAAAACUCUACCAAAAUACUUACCUCAAUGUGUAACUUAAAUAAAGAAGCUAUAAUUUGGUCUGAUGAAUGCUUGGUGCGUUAUUCUGAUCGAUCUUUCUUUGGCACUUUGGAAGAAUCUCCAUCAUGGUGUGUGAAGGGCUCAAUGGAUUAUGAAGGUCCAUUGAAAGGAUUCAACAAAAUGCUAAAUUCUUUGAUGCUGGAUCUUGUAACUCAAGCAAUUUCUUUGUUGAAGAAGCCUGUAACUCAAGCUAUUAAAACUUCAACGGGAAAUUCUAUCAAAUUUGUUCUCAAGAGAGCAAUUUUCUUUGAGGACAAAUUCUUGUAUGGCCUUGCUCAAUGCAUACCAAAUCUCUCUAAUGAUAAUUGCAUGAAGUGUUUAAAUGAUGCUAUAAAUUAUCUGCAAACCUCGUGUGCUAAAGGAAAGAUUAGAGGAAGUGUUUUAUAUCCAAGUUGUGUUGUUAGAUAUGAUCCUUAUCCAUAUUUCGAACAACCAAUAGUAAAAAGCGAGGAAAAUGAAGUACAAUCAUUUAAAAUAUUUUUUCACGUUCUUGCUCCUGUCAUGAUUUGCUCGGUUGCGGGUUUCUUUUUCGUGUAUUAUCUGAGACGUAGGAGAGCGAGGAAGAAUCUCAUGUACCACAGAGAAAAUUUUGGGGAAGAGAUUACAUCAGAAGUGAACUCUCUGCAAUUUGAUUUCGAUAUGAUUCGACUAGCAACAAACAAGUUCUCUGAAGAUAACAAGAUCGGAGAAGGUGGUUUUGGAGAUGUUUACAAGGGAAUGUUUCCUAAUGGAUAUGAAAUAGCGGUAAAGAGGCUCAUAAGAAAUUCGAGUCAAGGAGCUGUGGAAUUUAAGAAUGAGGUAUUGUUAAUAGCCAAGCUUCAACACAGAAAUCUUGUGAGAUUGUUAGGAUUUUGCAUUCAAAGGAAUGAGAAGAUACUCAUUUAUGAAUAUAUGCACAACAAAAGCCUUGAUUAUUACCUAUUCAGUCCUGAGAACCAUAGAAAAUUAACUUGGCAUGCACGCUACAAGAUUAUAAGAGGGAUUGCACGAGGUAUUCUUUAUCUACAUGAGGAUUCUCAUCUAAAAAUCAUACACUGUGAUCUUAAACCCAGCAACAUUUUGUUGGAUGACAAAAUGAAUGCAAAGAUAUCAGAUUUUGGCUUGGCAAGGAUUGUUGCCAUUGAUCAAAUGCAAGGAAACACUAGUAUAAUUGCUGGAACAUAUGGCUACAUGUCUCCUGAAUAUGCAAUGCUCGGCCAGUUUUCUGUUAAAUCCGAUGUAUUCAGCUUUGGAGUCAUAAUGCUUGAGAUUGUUAGUGGAAAAAGAAACGUUGAUUAUAAUGGAGUAAACUCCAUUGAUGACCUCGUGAGCCAUGCAUGGAAAAAAUGGACUGAAAAUAAGCAAAUGGAAUUAUUGGAUCCUGCAUUGACAUACUCAUUUUCAGAAACAGAAGUCAGUCGGUGCAUACAGCUUGGUCUACUAUGUGUGCAAGAAAAUCCAGAUCAGAGGCCUACUAUGGCAACAAUUGCUUUGUAUUUCAACAUUGAUUCAAUUGAUUUGCCACUACCUCAACAGCCACCAUUUUACAUGCGUGGUAAAAUAGAAUCAAAGGUGGCUAGUAAAAAAACAAUGUCAGGUCGACCAAGGAGUUAUUCAGUGACAAGGUUUUAAGUUGUUGUCAUAUUUGUUAUCUACCUCAUAAUCUUUUAUAGUGAGGGAAAUGGCAAAAGAAAAUAUAGUUUAUGUGAUUUCAAUUUCAGUUUUAUGCAGACUUUGAAAACUUUGAUAUUAUGUUAUAAACCCUCUUUUAGUGGUAGUACUAGUAACUAUGUCACCUUGAAUAUCAUGAGUGUUUUCUAUUUUUAUGUUGUAUGUAAACGGUUUUUUCAAUGUUUUGAUACAUUUGUGAUAAAUAUGGUUUAAA